CUGAAGUGACCAAAAUAAAUUCAGAGGUACAACAAACAGUUAAGAUGACUUAUCAUGUUUUUGUUCUGUCAGUUGAAUCAGGAAGAUUAUCUGGUUUAAUCUGCCUGCUUGCAGCCUGCUACAGUCCAUGACAAGAAAAUCUAACCACACGGUGAGGCUGGGAAUCUGCAGAUAUUAACACUUCAAGCGUCAUGGUUUGAUGGCUGAUCCCAGCACAAAGCAGAGCAGGGUUGUGGCCAACGCGCCUCCUCUGCUAACGAGCUCAUCCCAUCCCAAAAAACAAGAACAGGGAGGCGUUUGCUUCUCACUGCAGACAGUAAGAGUCACAUUUAUGAAUGAUUUACUCCUGGGGUUGAGGGCUCGAUGCAAAUGAGCACAAAGGAAGUUGUCAGCAGCAUCGUGCUCUGGCCAAUGGAAGGAAAGCUCCAUCUUAGCUGUGCCAUAGGCUGCACUAAAAAAAGGGACCAGAACGGCGCUCUCUCAGCAUCCUUUCACACAAGAGCUCCCAAAUCUGUGCCAGUGAGCAUACUCAGACAGCUCUGCAAGAAUGGCAACCCUCAACAGCACCCACUGGAAUGAGACUACUACAUCCAUUUCCCAGUAUCUGGGCUUCCAAGUGCAAAAAAUUUACCCUUUCCAUGACAACUGGAACACUGCCUGCUUUGUUAUCCUGAUCAUAUUCAUCUUCACUGUAGUUUCUCUGGUGGUGUUGGCUUUCCUGUAUGAGCUGCUGGACUGCUGCUGCUGCGUGAAAAACAAAACUGUGAAAGACUUGGAGAACGAGCCCAAUCCGGUCAGAGCAAUGAUGAACAGCUUCAGGAAGCGUGACACAGAGGUGGUGUAGGGUUACACUGAGCACCUGCACUUGGAGAACUUGGUUUGACACCUCCAAUGAAGCCUCUUGUACCUUACAAACGAGCAAGUCGUGCGCUUUUUGCUUUUGGACUUAAAUACCCACAGUGGCAGUUUUAUCUCUGGAUGUCAGGUGGAAUAAUUGGCAAAGGCUUUCCAAGUGCUUAGCAGAAAGACAAUCUAUUGCAGUGUUAUGGAAGGGAAAAAGAUUCCUGGUUUUAGAUGAACUUUUGCUGUUUAUAUUGAGUGACUAGCAUAGAAUUUUGUCUACCUGACCGAACAAAUGCUGCCUAACAUGCACAAAACUGUGUUGCUUAACUGAAGAAAACAUUUAUAAAAUGUCCAACAGUCUGAUCACAUUCAGUGCAAAGACAGCAGUGUUGUCUCACCGAGUCAACCACACAGGGACAGGACAGACAGACAAGGGGUAAGAAAAAAGUUGGGGCAGGAGGGUUGAAUGGCAAGAGACCCUUCAGGCAGGAGAGGAUUGGGUGUGUUCUAGCCUUUGGCAGCACUUUUUAUUAUGGGUUUUUUGCUUUGAGAAGAAAGGGUGGUGGGAGGAAGACUAUGCCAACAAGAAAUGUAUCCCUAAAACAGUCUCUUCUAGUCCUCCUAAAAGGGUAGUUUGACCCUUUCUUCCCCCACUUCUCCAGUUCCAGGGAGCUGUUCUCCCCUUACUUCAUAUGCUGUCUGGCCAACAGUUUCUGGGUGUUGAGACCUCCAUAACCCAUUACCUUCAGAAUAUCUGACCCUUUCCAAAAAUCCUGCUGGAAAUGAACAGGGACAAUUCUCUGCCCCAAGGCUGCUGCUUCUGCGGCAACCACAACACCACAAGCAGUUGGACACACUGGAUCUAUCAUCCCUAUCCCAAACUUUCAAAGCCAAACUGGAACUGGUGGAGUUCUUGCCAAGAACGCAGGGAGAUGGGCCACAGACCUCCCACACUGAAGAGGGGGAUGUCACCAAGCCCAGGCGCAGCUUCCAGCACUUUGCACAAGAGAAUUUCACUUGACUUACAUCACUUGACUUCAUCUGCCUGCUGACACAUCCCAGAGCUCACACUCACCCCUUCCUCAUGUCCUGACCACAGAACUCUCACACUUUUGGCUCACCAGUCCUCUGUAGCUGUGCUGUGGCUGUGAUUUCUUUAGAACAUUGAGUUUUGCAGUUACAAAUGACAACUGUAAUAAGUGUCCAACGGCGUAGCCAUCAGUAACUCCUGGCAAGUCCUUCGCACUCCUGAACCCCCACAGAAAUGUCUCAGAGCAAAGCUAUGUGUGGGACAAGUUAUUUAAUCCCCAGAAAACAUUCCUGUCACGAAGGAAACAAAACCCACCUAAAUGGCCACAGCCAUUUAAGUGACCUCACCGUCCAUCCAUGUCCGAAAAACCUUGGCCAGUACCUGUAAUGAUCCCCUUUUUUUACAUAUAUCAAAUCCCUCUCUCAGGCUGAGCAUGACUAAGCUCCAGAAAAUCUGGACACAGUGGAAGACUUGCUAAUUGACACGUGCAGCUCCUGGCUGGGGAGAUGGAGACACAAGACACCUAGGGCACUAAGAACUAGCAGAGCUAGUCCAGUGAUUCACCUGGAGAAGCAAACUCCCUCCUGCAGUCACAAAUCCUCACGACCAUUCUCCUCAGACGCACUUCUUACAGUGAAGUUUGGCCAGGACCAGUCCCCCGUGCAGAGAAUGCUUCAAGCUCAAAGUCAAAAGCACAACUGAUGGAAGCCAAUGCCCUGAGUACAAGAUCAUUUAGGACUCACACUGAGAUGUAUGAUGAAGAUAGUGAUGACAUGUCACCUUCUGCUGUGUGCAACAGCAUCAGACUGGGAAAUCCUGCUCAAGAGGCCAGAGUAGCCACUGGGAUGCACUGAAUUAAAUCCUGCCUCUCUCCUAAAAGGAAAUGCUCUGGACACUUGCAGCAUUCCCACAAAACGCCCAUCAUGGCUGCACACAAGAGGGCAGCGUGUGCAACAUGCCAGCCUCUGCUGCUCUGGCAAUGCCUUCCCGAGAAGCACAUGGAAUGACAAGUCUUGGGACUCAUCCCAGCUUUUUACUUCACAGGUCUACAAAGGGGAAUGGGUGCGGGCACAAGGAACAGAAGGCAAUGGUGUCCUCUUGCACAGUACCAGAGAAGACUCAGGAUGAUUCUUUCCCACAGAACAGCCCCUGAAGAUUCUGGCUCUUGACGACUGUCGGUGGAGACCACUGAGACAAAGGUCUUAAGACAAAGACCAUAGCCACAAUUUACUAUUGAUUAAUAAAAUGAAACA